AAACGCCGAUAGCGCGUGAAUUUUUAACGAUAAAACGGACGAAGAAUUGUUACGGGCGCUCCAACACAUACAUACACACACACAAACUCCCCCUCUCGCGAUAAUCGAAAAGUGCCACGCUCACUACGCUCGCAAGUUAAUUUACUACUACCACAUACUACCAGAGUGUUAUUGUUGUUGCUGUUUUUGAUUGAUUUCGACUUAUGCAAAAUACACACGCACACACAUGCUUAUACAUACACACAUCCACAUUGGCUCGCGAAAAGGUUCAUUAAAAAUAAGUAAGGCUUAAAUUUUUGUGUGUAUUUAUUAACACAACUCGACGACAACGACGUCGCCAACAGCAGCAGCAGCAGCAGAAGCAGCGAAAACAAAAAGAAGAACAAUAACAACAACGUCAGGUUGUUAUUUGUUAUUGUGCAAUUUUUGCCUUAACGCCGCGCGCGUGCAGUUUUUUGACAAGGAGGAGCAGAGUAUUGCAUACAAAAGAGUGGGGACAACAACAAUUUGCCAACAGCAGCCUCAACUACUAGACAACAUUUGGUUAUAUUAGCGACGCCAUGUCUACACCGAACUCACCAACCACGCCCAAAGCACCCACGCCGCCCACAUUGCCGCCCGGCGUCACAAAGGUCUGUCACAUAGUCAAGCGGCCGGACUUUGAUGGCUACGGCUUUAAUCUGCACUCGGAAAAGGUGAAGCCGGGCCAGUUUAUUGGCAAGGUGGACGCCAAUUCACCAGCUGAGGCAGCAGGUCUGAAGGAGGGGGACCGUAUUUUGGAGGUCAACGGUGUCUCCAUUGGCAGCGAGACGCACAAACAGGUGGUGGCACGCAUCAAGGCUAUUGCCUGUGAGGUGCGGCUGCUGCUCAUCGAUGUGGAUGGAAAGGCCAUUGAAGCAUCCGCAUCGCCGCCCUCGUCAGUGGUUAGCAAUGGCAGCAGCUCUCCAGCACCAGCCUACGAGGGCACCAAACAGGAGAUGCCCGGCGCCAGCGCCAACAUCAGCAGCAUCAGCAUGGUGAGCACGAAGCGUGCCUCGAACGCGAGCAGCAAUCAAAGUGGCAGCACAAUGAAUGUCAGCGACAUGGAUGUUGUGGACAGAGCUGUUCCAGCUGCAUCUAUGCCCAUGUCUACGCCUCCCAUGGCAGCCCAAAAUGGCACAAAACCGGUGGCCAUAACCAACAACAACAACAACAAUUUAAUGAACACACCGCCACCACCCUCAGCGGCCAAGGCAUCGAUGAACAGUAACGGCAAUGUCUAUACCACUAACGGCACUAACGGCACUAACGGCACCAACGGCACCAACGGCAACACGCCCACGUCGCCCAUGUCGCCCAGCAGCCCAACAAUGGCCGUUAAUCGGGCAGGCAGCCUCAAUCUGCCGCUCACCGCCGCCGAAAUGCGCGCCAAGUUGGCCUCCAAGAAGAAGUACGAUCCAAAGAACGAGAGUGUGGAUCUGAAGAAGAAAUUCGAAAUCAUACAAAAGCUCUGAGAGUAUCCUCCGGUUGUGGAACCAGCAUUGUACUUGUUAUUAAUUUACACACAAACACACACGCACACAUAUAGUAUACACACACACACACACAAAUACGUUUCACAGCUAGCGACUAACUAGCUGAAAAUCUACUUUAACUUCCUUAGGCCAUGAAAAAUGUAAUAUUUAUGAUACAGUCUUGUUUUGAAUUCCGAGAAAUGCAAUUUCUAAUAAGUAUACAUAUUUAUUAAUUGCUGGCAUUUCGUUCCACCGCCAUCGGAAAUGGCAACAAGCCUGCGAUUACAGUUUUCCCGCUCUAAGAUUUACAUUUAAUGAAAUUUUGAAAUAAUGUAAACUAGAUGAGAACGGGAAUAGAAACGAACUUUUUUUAAAAAUAUGUCACAGUCUGGACAGGAUAUGUAUUUCUGUAUUAAUUACGAGAAGUCGGAAAUCGUGAACGUUUGCCACUUAAUACCAUUAAUCCCAAUUACACAAAUCCUAAUGUGAUUAUUCCAUUUGAACUAUAUAGUAGCUGACGAUUCUCUUGUAUCGUAGAAAUGUCGAAAUACGUAGGUCGAAGUGCGAUAAUCGCUCGUAUGUAUACAGCUAUCCAUACGUACAACAAAUAUAUAUACAUAUUUUUUAAAUACAUAUUUAGUAUGCCAAGUCACUUAUUAACUAAGCAAAUUUUUAAUUAUUCUAGCCUAAACUUAAAGCAAAAUUGUUUAAAAACAAAAACAGAAAAACGUACGAAAAAUGUAACAUUUAAUUUAGUACUCUUUAGCGAAUGUAUCCAAGUAUUCAUAUAUGCUUAAAAAAUAAUAAUUUGGAAACUUACAUUUUUUAGUGAAGAACCACAAUUUGAAAACAAUUCCAAUGUACUAAGUUUAUGUAUAAAGAAAAACAGAACCUGUUUGGUUUUGGUUUUUCUGUAAUUUCAAUUAGAAAUAUGUAAUUAAAUGUGCGUUUUUGGCAAAUAUGUAUUCAAAUUGCAUAUUUUUUCAGUAAAUAAAGAUAAACAGUAAAAGCGCUCAAA